AUGUCUUCGGAUAUCACCCCGGAUCAGCCCAUUACAUUAUUCAUAACGUUAAUGGAUUUCCAUUUGGAUAGAGAGAUAAGUGAUACAACGUUUAUAGAUAAUUUAACCACCUCAUCAACGUGGGGGGAAGUGAAAAGAGCUAUUCCAAGAAGACAUGGUAUGAUUGAACGAAUUGAAUUUGAUGGCGUCAAGAUCGUUGCACCGGAUUCCACUCCUCUUAAGAAUAUCAUUGAUUUUAAGAAGUAUCCUCCGUCAGAAGUGACGUGUAUGACGGCCUAUAUGUUUACUCCAGAAGCAUUGGGUACUGAAUUUUUCAAAGGUAUCGGCUUUUCGUUAAAGGAUGAUGAUACAGGGAAUGAGUAUAAUGAUAAUUACACUAGUCAUCAGAAUGAAACUAAUGGCUACAACCAGAAUGACGGCUAUCAAACAGAAGACUAUAAUUAUCGGCAGAUUGAUGAGAGUAGUUGGCACACGGAACAAAAUUCCAUUGCAAAUGUUUAUGAUGAGGAUAACAGCCCAAGCCAACCAAUUACAACCGAAGAAUCGCAAUAUUUCGAACAUGGAAACAACAGGGAUCAUCCGGAAAAUGGAGAUAUCAAGACUGGAUAUAGUGGUGACGGUUACAUUUUCACUGGUGAAAAUAGUCUUGGGCAGGAUGUGGCGGUGAACUUAAGUCCAAUGCAUUGCAUUGUUGUUGACAGGCAUGAUAAGAAAUAUCCGCCAUAUCUUCUUUUGUCGGAUACAGGAAAGAGAUUACUUUCAGAAAUUGGACCUUUGGACAAUGUUGAAAUCAUUAGGGAUCCCCCAAGGGCAGAUACGAAAGAUGAAUCAAAUGCCCCAAUUCAAAAUUUGAGCUUCAGACAGAGAGUUAGAGCUGCAGGUUCUCUGCUUGUACAUAGUGUCAAUAGAAUGGUAACAGAUAGCCCAGUUGAGCGAGUCGCUAUGCUAUUUUACACUGUGUGCUCAAGAACCGUCGUUCUUUUGUUCUUUUUGUUUAUUUUUGGCUUUGAUUCAGUCCCCAUCAUUCCACUUGUCCUCGCAACGGUCGUAACCAGCAAGGAUAUUGCCAAUCGGUUGGAGGAAAUUGUUACUCGUGAUCUUCCUAGAAUUGUCCAGCCAUCUACGAUGAAACUUGUUGAAUUCGUGAAAUUGACUUCUAACUUUGCUGGUCGUUUGAGUAUCGAGCAUAUAGCAAGAAUUCUUGUGAAGAGAGGUAUUAGCCGAGAUGGAGACUUGGAUAUUCAUGCAGAAGACCGCGGGUUCGGUCCCCGAGUUCUAAAUUGGUUGUCUCUAUUGCUAAUAAACGUUCUUAAGGAUGUGAUUCUUUUACUGGUUACACUAAUUCCUGUCGGAUACAGUGUUUUUGAUGAAGAAAUGACAAAGAAGGAAGCUAAUGUUGGAAGUACUAUACAAAAUGGCCUGCAAGAGGGUCAAGGACAUUUAAAUGAUGCUAGAAUUGCUCCCAAUGCUGACGAGGACUAG